GUUCGCUUGGGUGACACAAUUAUAACAACUUUAUCUCCGCGGCCGAAACGCGUUUUAUUGUGAAAUACUCACAUCUUGGAUAUUAUAUUGAGUUAUUGGCAUUCAUACAGCGGCACAGUUUCACUUUAUGAUGAAAAAUGUGACGCUUUAGGAGCUACCCGGAGAGCGCUUCUGUCCCCCCCGAAAGGAUUUACUAUAUCGAAUCGCAUCUUUUCAUCCUGGAAAAAAAGUUUUUGAUCAUUUUGUUUCCUUCAGUUUUUCUUUUUUGAUUCGGCGGAGCAAACCGCUUGUCCCCGCGUCGCGAUUUUCCAUGCAAUCGUGCGGUGUGUCUGUCGCCGUUGCUGCCUGCGCUGCUGCUCGGAGUCUCGGCUCGGCUUCUUCUGGUGGUGAUGAGGGAAAGAAAAUGGCGGCGGGAAAAGCGAGUGAAACAGAGGAGGACUUUCCGACACUGACAGCCCAGGAGAGGGACAGUUUGGUCGGGAUCGACAGCUCACUGUUUGGAUUUCAGAAGCUUCAUGAAGAUGGCGCCAGAACGAAGGCCCUGUUGAUGAAGGCUGUCCGCUGCUACGAUUCGCUCAUCCUUAAAGCCGAGGGCAAAGUGGAGCCGGAGUUAUUCUGUCAGCUCGGCCACUUCAACCUCCUCUUGGAGGAUUACCCAAAAGCAUUAUCGGCAUACCAGAGGUACUACAGUUUACAGUCAGACUACUGGAAGAAUGCUGCCUUUCUGUAUGGCCUGGGAAUGGUCUACUUCCACUAUAAUGCCUUUCAGUGGGCGAUCAAAGCAUUCCAGGAGGUGCUGUACAUUGACCCGGGGUUCUCCCGGGCCAAGGAGAUCCACUUACGUCUGGGUCUCAUGUUCAAGGUCAACACAGACUAUGAGUCAAGCCUAAAGCAUUUUCAGCUGGCUUUGAUUGACUCCAACCCCUGCACUUUGUCCAAAGCUGAAAUUCAGUUCCACAUUGCUCAUUUGUAUGAGAUUCAGAAGAGAUACCGGGCUGCCAAGGAGGCCUACGAGAGCCUCCUGCAGACGGAGGAUCUUCCUGCACAGGUGAAGGCCACUACUCUGCAGCAGCUAGGCUGGAUGCAUCACACGGUGGAGCAGCUCGGGGACAGAGCCAGCAGGGACAGCUAUGCCAUCCAGUGUCUGCAGAAAUCUCUGGAGGCCGACCCAAACUCCGGACAGUCCUGGUACUUCCUUGGCAGGUGCUACUCUAGUAUUGGGAAGGUCCAGGACGCCUUCAUCUCUUAUCGGCAAUCCAUAGACAAAUCAGAGGCCAGUGCAGAUACCUGGUGCUCUAUAGGGGUGCUGUACCAGCAGCAGAACCAGCCCAUGGAUGCCCUGCAGGCCUACAUCUGUGCCGUGCAGCUGGACCACAGCCACGCCGCCGCCUGGAUGGACCUGGGCACACUGUACGAGUCCUGCAACCAGCCGCACGACGCCAUCAAGUGCUACAUCAACGCCACACGCAGCAAGGGCUGCACCAACACGCCCGCGCUGACCCACCGCAUCAAAUGCCUGCAGGCUCAGUUGAGUAACCCCCAGCUCAGUAGCCUUCAGGGUAAAAGUAAAAUGCUCCCUCUUAUUGAGGAGGCAUGGAGUCUACCAAUCCCAGCUGAGCUAACCUCCAGGCAGGGAGGCCUGAGCAGUGCACCACAGCAGGCUUGCAAGCCCAAUCACAGCGCAGAGGGCGGGGGCUCGGGUCAGUCUCUGCCCCCUCAUGUGGGCUCACUGGGCUCGCCGGAGGAUCAGCUGUGCCCGGCGAAGAGGAGGAGAGCCUCCAGCCCCGGGAAGGCUGAUUCCUGGGCCGGCAACCCAGCUCAGCAACCAGUUCCAAGCUGGUAUCUCUCACCACAGAAACUGCAGGUGCUGGAACAGUUGCGGAGUAACCGUGCCAGCCUGAAGCCCCCCCAGCUUCAGAUGCUCGGGCAGCUGGAGACUCAGCUCGCCAUGAUGCAGCAGCACCAGCACCAGAUGAGACAGAACGCCUCAGGAGGUCAGGUGCGCCCCUCUCUCCCCAACGGCCCCACCACCAACUCGCUCCCCUCCCCCAAUCCCAGCCUCCACCCCACCCGCCCCCACCUGGGACCCCACCGGCCCCUCUGCCCGCCUCAGCCGCUGGCCAACGGUCCGAUGGACCCGGGGCCACACGGACACUCAGACUCCCUCCCCGUGGGCGGCACCAGUAGUAAUAAUCAGUCAGGACCCACAGGACCCAACGGAGACGUGCCUUACCUGCAACCUGCCGGCAGCGGCGGCGCAGCACUGCUACCUCACACCUGCACAAGCACGCAAACACAGGACGCCACGCCGCGCCAGGCCCUGCACCUAAACUCCUCUCAGGGGCUUCAGAAGACGUCUGCUCCACACGAGGCGAGCUCCAGUACCGAGGGGACCCCCAACUCCACCGCCCCCGUGCUCCCCAACAAUCAGGUUGGACAUUCCACUAACGCCCCAUCGCCACGGCAGCAGCAGCAGGCCCACAACCACCUCCCCUCGCCCCCCUCCCUGCCCCCCUCCUCUACCUCAGGUGGAGCAGCACCCGGUGCGUCCGCUACCAAAGAUAGCAACACAGCCGCCGCCCACGCCACGGUUUCCCUCGGAAACGGGGGCUCCGAGGGCAAGGCGCCAUCGCCCCUUCCUUCAGCUGACGGCAAAGCGGCGCCGGCAGACGGCUUAGCCAAUCAUGUGCACUCAGAGGACGGCGGCAAGGCGGCAGAGGGCGGCGAGAAGCCGAGCCUUAGCGCAGACAAUCCUAGACUCUCUGCCCUGCUGGCGGGGGGUAAGAACCCCGAGGAGGCUGAGGGGCCGUCAGAAGGGGCCGCAGCUUCCGCUUCGACCACGCCGGAGUCCCACAAGAAAAUCAACAACAUCCACCCAGCCGUCCUACCCUCCACGCCACACGCGCAGGGCAGCUCAGCCGCCUCUUCGCCCAUAUCUGCCAUGUCCACCGCCACGCCCUCGCCGAAAUCCUCCGAACAUACCCAAACAGGCGCCCAAAGCCCAGCCACCACCUCCACGACCACAGCUACCACCACCACGUCGACGGCGCCCGCUGUCAACGGUAACGGCAAGGGAGGAAUAUCAGAGGACUCUCAAAGCCCGCUGAAGGCCGAGCCGCCUGCCGUCACCAGUCUGAAAGCUACGCCUCCGCACGGACACAGCUCCUCUUCAUCAUCGUCAUCGUCGUCGAUAUCCAUCUACCCCAGCUCCACAGACGUGCUCAAGGCCUGCAGGAACCUGGGGAGGAACGGCCUCUCUAACAGCAGCAUCCUCCUUGACAAGUGCCCCCCGCCCCGGCUGCCCCCUCCACCCUCACCAGCCCUGCCCAAAGACAAGCUCAACCCUCCAACACCGAGCAUCUAUCUGGAGAACAAGAGGGAUGCUUUCUUCCCUCCUCUGCACCAGUUCUGCACAAACCCCUCCAACCCCGUCACCGUCAUCAGAGGACUGGCUGGUGCUUUAAAACUGGACUUGGGUCUGUUCUCCACUAAGACGUUGGUGGAGGCCAACCCGGAGCACCUCGUCGAGGUCUGGACUCAGCUCUCCCAGCCUGCGGACGAGAACUGGGACCCGAGUGGGGUCAAGAAAAUGUGGCGCUGCGAGAGCGCCCGCGCCCACACCACCAUCGCCAAAUACGCCCAGUAUCAGGCUGCUUCCUUCCAGGAAUCCUUACGGGAGGAGAAUGAGAAGAAGGCGCUGAAGGAGCCGUCGGACACGGAGCCAGCGUCUGCAGAGAGCGCUGCACGCAAAAGAAGGGGACCGUUAAAGCACAUCAAGUUUGGAACCAACAUCGAUGUGUCAGACGAGAGAAAGUGGAAGCAGCAGCUGCAGGAGCUCAGUAAACUCCCGGCCUUCGCUCGAGUCGUAUCAGCUGGGAACCUGCUGAGCCACGUCGGUCACACCAUCCUGGGUAUGAACACGGUUCAGCUCUACAUGAAGGUUCCAGGAAGCAGGAUACCAGGUCACCAGGAACACAACAACUUCUGCGCGGUCAACAUCAACAUUGGACCCGGAGAUUGUGAGUGGUUCGCAGUACCGGAGCCAUACUGGGGAGUGAUGAGCAACUUCUGUGAGAAGAACAACAUCAACUUCCUGAUGGGCUCGUGGUGGCCCAACCUGGAGGACCUGUACGAGGCUGACGUGCCCGUGUAUCGGUUCAUCCAGCGACCUGGCGACCUGGUGUGGCUCAACACGGGCACCGUGCACUGGGUGCAGGCCAUCGGCUGGUGCAACAACAUCGCCUGGAACGUGGGACCGCUAACGGCCCAUCAGUACAAGCUGGCCGUGGAGCGUUACGAGUGGAACAAGCUCCAGAGCGUCAAGUCGAUGGUUCCCAUGGUGCACCUCUCCUGGAACAUGGCUCGCAACAUCAAAGUGUCUGACCACAAGCUGUUCGAGAUGAUCAAGUACUGCCUGCUGCGGACGCUGAAGCAGUGCCAGUGGGUGAAGGAGGCUUUGGCGUCAGCCGGGAAGGAGACAGUGCUAAGGCCCAGGACAAGGGACGAGCCAGCCCACUACUGCACCAUCUGUGAGGUGGAGGUGUUCAAUCUCCUCUUCGUGCGUCGGGAGCUCCUGUCUAAGAAGCAGCAUGUGGUCCACUGUCAGGACUGCGCCAGAAAAGGAAGCGCCACGCUGGACGACUUCGUGGUGCUGGAGCAGCACAGGAUGGAGGACCUGAUGCAGGUCUAUGACCAGUUCACAUUAGCCCCCCCUCUUCACUCAUCUUCAUCUUGACAUUAGGUGUCACCUCUUUCUUCUUCUUCUGCUGUGGAGCCAUGAAGCCCCUUUUACAGGAACUUGUAUUAAGAUUUGAAACAAAGAACAAACAUCCACAUACGCGGACCAUUUCUGAUAUUCAGGAAAGCCGAGGCCGUCUCCCCCCUCCCUCCCUCCCACCCCCUCAUCCUCUCACCGACCUGACGGCCGGAGGCUGAGGCGGCCGAGCGUGUCUGUCUAUGCAACCUGUUUUGAAGUGCUGGAGCCUGGCCUUCCAGAAGGGGGCGCCGGCGAGCUCGCUAACAGGACUUCUUUUCUCUCUUCUCCCAGCCCCCUCUAGUGACAAUGGCCUGUUUUAAUGGAGGACUUAAUCAAAACCUGGUUGGGAACACUGGGGGAGGAGCGUGGAUUCUUAACGUGUGAUAAAAAUGUUUUUGUAGAUACUUGUUAACUGUCACAACUGGCAACACCACCCGUAAAAGACUACUGACUUGACAACCUUUCUCUCCCUUCCCUUUUCUUCUUUUUCUACUCUGGUAACAGGAUGAAAUGUUGGCUUUGUUUUCUAGAAAUUCCCCCUUAAAUUUUCUUCUGUUUUUCCUUCAAAGGAGCACUAGCCUAACUGGUCUUUUUCUAUGGUAGAUAGUAAUUUUAAGACUCUUUCGACAGCAAAAUCUCCAAAAAAAAUUUGUAAUGUGAAGAGUUUAGGUGAUUUUCUUUCUUCAUUUUUUUACAGCUUUUAUGUUUUAUCUUUGUCUUGUUCUUUUCAAAACUAUUUGUUUGUUUCUUAGGUAAAAAAGGAAAAAUUUAGGAAAAAAACGUACUAGCCAAGUCACAAAGAGAAUGGGUUGCACAUAGACUUAUGGAAUAAAAGUUUAAUUUGUGAUUUUUUUGUUUUGUUGUUUCUAAUCUUGAUGUAAAUUUACACUAUUUAUAAAUACAUAUUUAUUGCUUGAAAAUAUUUGUUGAUGGAAUGCUGUUAUUUUUUCCAGAGUACCUGCCAUUAAAUUUGAAGGAGUUUUGUCAUUUUAACACAACUCCUCUUACAUUUUCUAUAUAUAAAUAAAAUUGCUUAGCAAGCAUUGUACAGAAACGGACAUUUAAAAUUGUUUUAUUGUUUGAAGAAUGUUUUAUGAGUCAAUAAACACAAAGUUGUCAAAUUAAA